GAUUAUGUGCCAACGUCCAUGUUUAUCGAGACAACGCCGUCCACUUCUUCACCGUCAGAGAAGUUGGCAAAAUUGGCGGGAAGGCGAGGGGGAAGAAAUUGGCCGCCUGUUCCAUCGUCUGCUCACGGCACCGCGCCCUGUCCACCGGGAAGGGAGUGCAGAGAGAAGAAUCAUCUCACCAGCGAAGAGAGACCUUAUCCCCUGGCCGGACCUCUCCCGACCGAAACCGAUGGUCGUAAUCUCAUCAGGUCGAAUCAUGACGAUUUGGAGGAAGCAGACAGACUAUCGAUGUCCUAUGGCGGACCCUGUGGGAGCCAACCGUGUCGAAAUGGAGGAACCUGUCUGAAUCUACCUCGGCUCGUUGGUUACAGUUGUUUGUGCACAGACGAUUGGACAGGGCGUACCUGUUCUGACAGAGUCAGCAACUGUGAAAGCAACCCUUGCAGACAUGGUGGUUCCUGUGUGUCUACCAAUUACGGAUACAGGUGUCUCUGCAGAUCUGGCUACAGUGGGAUCAACUGCGAGAGGGGUCAUCGAUGGUGUGACAGUGAACCUUGCCUGAACAGCGCCAUGUGCAUCGAUGGUUUGAAUGGCUACACCUGUAUAUGUCCAAUCGGGUUUCGUGGGACGCGAUGUCAGAUCAACGUUGACGAAUGCGCCAUGUAUCCGCCGAAGUGUAACAACGGCGGGACUUGCGUCGACCUUGUGGCGGAUUACGCCUGCAUAUGCGCAGACGGGUUCUUCGGAAAAUCUUGUGAGCACGACGUUGAUGACUGCAGAAGCAAUCCAUGUGGGAUCGGAGGACUGUGCCUUGAUAGACCUAGGGGAUAUGAAUGUGUCUGUCCUCAGGGUUACACAGGGGCUAACUGCGAGAGAUUGGAUGUUUAUCCUUGCAAUAGUUCUCCGUGCUAUAAUAAAGGAAAGUGCAUAGAUCAUGGCCACAACAAUUUUACUUGUAAGUGCAAAGGUGGCUACGAAGGGGCGUUCUGUGAGACAGAAAUCAAUGAAUGCCUUAAAGGUUCCAAGAAACAGAAGUGCAAGAAUGGUGGUACAUGUAUAGAUCUGAUAGAUGACUUCGAAUGUGUUUGUUUGCCAGGGUAUUCGGGGAAACGUUGUCACAAGAAACUGAAACCUUGCCAAUCUGCUCCAUGUCAGUUUGGAACUUGCCAAGAGGACACCAACGGGGACAGUUACGUUUGUGAUUGCUUUCCUGGUUUUUCAGGUAAGAAUUGUGAGCUUCGUGUCGAUCACUGCGACAGCCAACCUUGCAUGAAUAAUGCAAGAUGCUUGAGCACAAUGGAAGGCUUCUUCUGUUCAUGCCCUCUUGGAUUCACCGGAAGGCACUGUGAGAACACCAUGAACUUCUGCACACCCGACCCCUGUCAUAAUGGCGCCAUAUGCUUAAACACUGGUCUGGAUUUUGUUUGCCACUGUCCAAAGGGCUACACUGGGAAAACUUGCAACUUGGAGGUGCGUGAGUGCCUCUCAGGGCCAUGUAAGAAUGGCGGAGAAUGCGUUGACCUGAUAGGGGCAUACACGUGUAAUUGCCCUGUAGGCUAUACGGGCAUGCAGUGCGAGAUAACGGUGGACGAAUGUGAAACGAAUCCUUGCUUGAACGACGGUGUGUGCAUCGACGGGAUUGGAACAUUCUAUUGUGCCUGUACCUCAGGGUAUCAUGGAAUCAUCUGCGAGCAUAACAUCGAUGAGUGCUGGGCAGGACCUUGUCAAAAUAAUGGCAUCUGUACUGACCUCAUCGACGACUUCCGGUGUGCCUGUGCUCCGGGAUACAUGGGUAAGACCUGUCACUUGAACAUCAAUGAAUGUGUAUCUGAACCAUGCCAACACGGAGGUUUAUGCAUUGAUAACAUUUCCAACUACAUCUGCGAAUGUCUUCCGGGUUACGUCGGCGUCAAUUGCGAAAUGAACGUCAACGAAUGUGAGAGCAGGCCUUGCUUGAACGGUGCUACCUGCGUUGACAACGUCAACACCUUUCAGUGCUUCUGCCGGGAUGGUUUCACAGGAUACAACUGCGAGAAUGAAAUCAACGAUUGCAUCGACGUCCAUUGCCAGAAUGGCGGGACAUGCAUUGACGGUGUCAAUUCUUUCCGGUGCGAGUGCAUGCCGGGAUUUGUUGGAGCGACCUGUGGGAGUGAGACGGAUGAAUGUGCCGGAAACCCCUGUCUGCAUGAUGGGUUUUGCAUGGAUAUGGUGAACGGUUACCGAUGUCUUUGUGAGGCAGGUUACACUGGGACGAAUUGUGAGGUCAACAUCGAUGACUGCAAUCCGAACCCGUGCGGAAACAACGGAACCUGUCUGGAUGGGAUCAGUAAUUAUAACUGCACCUGUAAACCAGGUUUCACUGGAGAAAGAUGCGAGUUCGACAUCGAUGAAUGUGCUAGCAUGCCUUGUCUUCACGGAGGAAAAUGCCAUGAUAUGAUCGACGGCUUCAUGUGCCAGUGUCCGACCGGUACAGAGGGUGCUGUCUGCGAACAACUAGUAAAUUCUUGUCUCUCCGAUCCUUGCCAACACGAUGGCGCAUGUAGCAGUUUGGGGAAUGGCCCCGAUUUCAUGUGUGCUUGCCCGGUAGGCUACGAAGGUCCCCGGUGUGAGACGGAAAUUAAUGAGUGUCUCAGCACACCUUGUCUUCACGGGGGAAGAUGUGUAGAUGCCAUCGGAAUGUACCAUUGUGUUUGCCCACCGGGACACGUUGGAGCGAACUGUGAAACCAACACAGAUGAAUGUGCUCAGAAUCCUUGCAGUCACCCUUUAGCAGUUUGCCAAGAUUUGGUUAACGAUUUCUUCUGCAUAUGCCCACGGGGAUUUCAAGGACGGCUUUGCGAGUACGACAUUGAUGAGUGCCUCUCAAGUCCCUGUGCAAAUAAUGGAACUUGCCUCGACGAAAUAGAUUAUUUCCGCUGUACUUGCCCUUCCGGCUUCACUGGUGAUAUUUGCGACGUCGAUAUCAACGAAUGUCUCAGUGCACCCUGUCAAAACGGUGCCUCAUGCGCAGAUUUCAUUGAUGGUUUCUUUUGCGAAUGCAGAGACGGGUUUUCGGGAUACCUUUGUGAGGAAAAUGUGGACGAAUGCGGCAGCUCACCAUGCUUGAAUGGUGGAACGUGUAUAGAUGAUGUGAACCUGUUCAUAUGCGUCUGUGACAUCGGGUAUGCAGGUGUCUUGUGCCAGGAAGACAUUGAUGAAUGUGUGUCAGAUCCAUGUCGCAAUGGUGCAACUUGCAUUGACCUUGUGGCAGGAUUCCUAUGCGAAUGUGCUGCAGGGUUUCAAGGAGACCAAUGCAAUGUCAACACUAACGAGUGCGCAAGCUCACCUUGUGGAGAGGGAGGAACUUGCCUUGAUUUAUUGAACACUUACAUGUGCUUGUGUCCAGAGAUGCGUAUGGGGAAAAACUGCAAUCAGUGGAUUGACGCCUGUUCAUCGAACCCCUGCAGUCAUGGGUCUACUUGCCUAUCAUACGAGGGAACCUUCUUCUGUGACUGUCCCCGGGGAUUCACUGGAAGAACUUGUUUUCAGAACAUCGACGAAUGCGCAUCGGACCCUUGCUACUAUGGGGACUGUAUCGAUGGCGUGGACUCAUUCAAGUGUCAUUGUGGAAUGGGUUUCACUGGAUCUUAUUGUGAACUCAAUAUCAAUGACUGUGCGAACAGCCCUUGCCUCAAUGGAGGGACGUGCGUUGAUCAGGUCAUGGGGUAUGUCUGCGUUUGUCCACUCGGGUAUACAGGUCCCGGGUGCAGGGACACCAAGCACCCUUGUGUAUCGGAUCCUUGUCAACAUGGAGGAACAUGCAUCGCAUCGGAUCUGAUCGUGGAUGACAACUUCUACUGCCACUGUCCGAUCGGUUGGACAGGAAAGCUUUGCGAACAAGAGGCAGACUUCUGCUCCUCUGAACCGUGUCUGAACUGUGGACGAUGUAUCAACCACGUCGAUGGAUUCAGUUGUGACUGCGGCGGUGGGUUUACUGGAGAGUACUGCGAGACCGCUAUCGAUCAUUGUGAGAGUGAACCCUGCUUACAUGGUGGGACGUGCCUCCGAGAAUUCAAUGGCUUUACCUGCGUGUGCAAACAAGGAUUCCAUGGGAAGUCAUGUCAGCAUACUACUCAGCCUCUGAGCUAGCGAUAGAGCAACAUUCAUCUCGCUCAACUUCCUUAUACCAAAGAUCAAAUAGGAUUCGAGCCAGUCGUUUUUGUGAGUUCGCCGACUUGCGAGCAGCGCCAUGAUCGUGUAUACAGACGCCUGACUGCUGAUAGCGGGAGCAAAACACUUGUGCUUGGCGUCUAAUCCAUAAGACUGUGUGCUGAUAUGUGCGCAUGACAUGAUAGGCGUGAAGUUAGGUGAUCAUCAAUCUGGUCACGUGGUAUCUUGAAGCUCAAUUACACGGUUCUGUUUGGUUCGAGUUUCCAAACUGUUAUAUCAAGAUCUUUACUUAUGAAGGUUAUUCAAAGAGGGUUACAUCGGAGAUCUUCCACUGGUGAAAGAAAAUAUGCUGCCGUCUUACAUCAUGGUUGGCAGUAGAUAUAAAAUUGGGUUAAAGUUGUUAGGAAUCGUUUAAUGGACCAAGCAUUAUUCAUUCACACUUAAUUCAUAUAUCAUACGUUUCCCAUUUGUUUAUACAUACCUGUAUAACAAAACAAUCUCUCCUACAUUAGGCCAAUCUCCUUUUUUUCAAAAAAAAAAUGUGCUAAUUUUAAUUCCAAAACGUCCUGAUUCCUUUUUGUGUAUUAUUUGUGAACUUUCUUGUCACAUGAUCGUUAAAGUUUAUUUUUUCAGGGCAUUGAAUAGCGCCAACUAUCGACUGAUGUUUAAUAAAUCAGAAUAUGUUUCUCCUCUAACUCCAUCGACGAUAAUUAUGUUCAUACGGCGUCCAAUUAAGUUCAAACUGAUACUACACUACGCGUAGUGUUUGAAAGUUGGAAAAGAUGGUCAUUAUUUUGCACAGAUCAUGAACUACCGUCAAAUUAUCAGAUGGAAUAAAUGUUUAUCUUUGAAGCGUUUCGGCCUGUAUGGUGCAUUAAUUUGCUUUCUUUAUCGCAGUUGAUAUGAGCCUACAACGAGGUUUUGUGACAAUGAACCAUAAAUACCAGCAACGUCGUCAAGGGCCUAAAUUCCCCAGCUCAAAUUAACCCCAUUUUUGAUCAAGGGAAUCAUUUAUAUCUAAUUUCGGUUGGAUAUGUUAUCGACCUGCUUGACUGAUAGGUUUUGUAUUUAUGUAAUAUUUAUUAUCUUGUACAUAUUGUUUUACAAUGGCAUUGAGCGAGCAAAUGUAUUCAAAAUAUGUAUUUUUCAGUGAUAGAAACUGUCUUUCAUGCUUUAACCGAAGUGGGUUUUUUACACAAUGUUAAACCAUUAAAAAGGUGUUUAUAGUACGAUGCUGCAUAAUCAUCAAAGAUAUUAAGUUUGGAAAUAGAAACAUGAUGGAUAGUAUUCCCAUAGCAUUGUUAACCUCGGUUAACAGAGACAACAUGUUUAUGGAGCCCCUGAUUGGUUUGGUCAUGAAAGUGUCAGAAAACAACUUUUUUAAACGACUUAAAAAUAAGGAGUAUUCCAUAAGUUCUAAUGUAUUAUUUGUUACAUAAUGUUUGUCAAUGGUAUUGACUUGGGUAUACGACGUAUCCAAAUAUGAAAACACCUUCCACUUCGCCUUUCCUUACACUUGGCGUAGAGGGGGCUAUUCAUCAAACAAUAAUCGGGGAACACGAAGUGCCUCCAGACAUUCUUGUUAAUGUUUUGAACUCUAUUUUUUUCACUCUAUAUUGAGCAUAAUAUCAUCAUUCUUAAUUUGCUUGAAUAUGGUAUUCCUUAAAUUCCAAAUUCGAAUCUAAAAAUAACAUUGAAAUUAAAUCGAAAAGUACACUCUUAACAUAGUUGGGCAAAUAAAAAUGCCCAACUUUUAACCAAACCUGGGCAACAUACGGUCUACACAACUAUUGGUCAAAAUUUGGCCAAAUCGUGUAAUAGAUUUGCUUAAUUGGAUAAUAAUUGCCCAAUAUACAUCAUAUAUGUAUAUGUAUAUAUAUUUUUUAAACCAACAUACAUUACCUAACACAGUGGCCAUUAUGUUGCCCAACAUUUUAAUGGAGUAGUAAUCAGUAAAGGAUAUUAAGUUAAAGGCUGAAUACAGCCUUCUUGGAAAUCAAACUAUUCGAUCAAAAUUUAAUUGUAAAACGAAUUGAGAAUUUCGGAGAAAUUAUGAUAAGUUGAAUAAUUUUCCUCGGUAGCUGAAGUCGAAUUUAACGUGAGGUCUGAGAUUAUCUUGUGACUCGCGUAUACCUUGUAUUGUUUUAUGUGUUUGUCUUUUAAAAUAGAGUACGUUUGUAAAUUUAUAUGUUUUGAUUCAGAGUGAUGUUUUUGUAUGAUAUUGUUGAUUAUUUUGUGUCUCUGUACAUUUUGUAAAGAAAACAUACUUUUUACUGUACCAAAAAUAAAACUGAUUUGACUACGGAAGAA